AUGACUGACGGUCGCGGUACGUUUCGCGUCGCUCUAGCGCCGGCGUCUCCGCUGGAAUCCGUCGGAUGGUACCUCAGUCUUUACUGGCCGGCGAUGCAAAAGGAGUUCAAGGGGAUCGUGCAGAGGUACGAUGCGGACUCUAAACACCACACGGUGCGAUGGGACAACGCCCCGCGCGGGAGCGAUGGCGUUACGGAGGUUGAUUUGUCGGAGGGCGAGCUGACGUGGCUCAAACCUCCGGAGAAGGCGGGCGCGAGAGAAUUCGUCAAUCAUAGGCUUCAUUCGUAG